GUAUAGUAUAUUUUGUGUACCGGCACUGAGGUGGUUAAUACAGCUCACUCUCUGGUAGCCUUUACCCUCCAACAACACAACCUAAAUGCUCUCACCGGAGCCUUGACUUAUUGUGCUAGAAACAUGAGUACAGAAUCUAAAGAAACUCCACAAACUUCACAACCUACCCAGACAGAGGAGAGAGGAAAGUGCAUUUUCUGCAAAAUUUGUGAUGGAGUUCAGCCAACUAACAUUGUGUAUCAGGAUGAAGAGUUUGUGGUCUUUCCGGAUAUGCGGCCUGCAGCACCACAUCACUAUCUGAUUCUCACACGUCAUCACUAUGUCGAUGCCAAAAGCCUUAAGAAGGAACAUAUACCUAUGGUCGAGAAAAUGGUGUUGAUAGGCAAAGAAGUAUUGACUGCUCAGGGUGGGUCUCCAGAAACAGCUAGGAUGGGCUUUCACUGGCCUCCUUUCCACUCAAUCAGUCACCUGCACUUGCAUGUCAUUGCACCUGAGAACGAGAUGGGAUUUAUAGCACGAGGAGCAUUUAUGACUGGUUCCUUUUGGUUUGUAUCGCCUGAAACUGUCAUCCAGCGCCUUCAAGGAAAACUCUAGUACUGUGGCAGCAAGACUAUGUACAUUGUCAGUGAUCAUAUAUGGUACAGGUAUAAUUGAAUUGAUUGUGGUACAUUGAAAUGAUGCCACAACAAAUAGAUUUUUAUGAUUAUUUAAAUCUGAAUAUCAAUAAAACAUAAUUAUGCUUGAUCCAGGUGGGUGAAUAUCUUGAUACUAGACUUGCAAUACAGUAGUACUAGAUUAUGAUGCCAGACCCAAUAUAGUGUACACUAAAAAUUUUCUUAUGUAAAUCUAAAUGUUAAAAACAAUGGUAGGAGAGGCACAUUGCAAGAUUGUUCUUGUAAGUUGUGAAAGGUUUCAAGUGUAUGUAAAAGAGCAGUGGUAAGAGCAAUUUUAUUUGCAAGAAUAAAUUUUCUUAAAUGUUUGAAAGUAAUUGAUAUAAGUAGUAAACUUUAUGGUGCUGUAGAGGAGGGAGCAUUUAUUAUUUAAGUAGGUUAAACUAUAAUACUCAUGGGGAGGUGCUAAAUCAAUAGGGGUUAUACAGUGCCUGGGGAAUGGGAGGUAAUCAGGUUUGAUCCAAGAAAUGGGAGGACAGCUCCAGUUCCUUUGAUCAAGAGUUUUUCACCAACAUCCAAACAUCCCCUUAGAGGGGUAGGUUGUUCAAACUUGUGUAAUUACGAAUGUGCCUAUGUAAGCUUAUAAGUUGUGUAUGAAAGUUAAUUUUAGAUGCUUUCUUGUGGGAGAAAGAUUUGGAAUACUGAUAUUAUACAACAGGUUAAUUUAAUGUUUGUUUAAUUUAUAUAUAUACUGUAUAUUUUAUUUAAGAAAUUAACUUCAAUUGUUAGUUGGUUAAACUGUUCCAUUGAUGGCACAACCAUUGGAAAAGUGCAUAGUUUAUUUUUUUUUUUUUUUUUUUUUUACCAUUUUUGGUUUUCUCGGUCACAGGGAAAUUCUAAACCUGCAAGUCAUACAGUGCUUGGGGAUGAAAGGCAAUUAGGUUUGAUCUGAGGAAGGGGAGGGCAGCUUCAAUUCCUUGGAUUAUAAUACUCUAGGUAGACCAUGUGACUAGUUUCUCUCUCUCUAUACUGUGGUCUCUUACACUUCAAAUUAUAACCUGAAACUAAAGGAUGUUAAAUUUACAAUUUUUUUUUUUAAACUGGCCAUCUCCCACUAAGGCAGGGUGAACCGAAAAAGAAACACCCUCACCAUCAUGCAUUCAAUUUAUACUUAUAGCUUUUAAUUUUUUUUAUACCAUCUGUCUGCCACUGAAGUAUGUUGUAUAUUUAAGUCAGUUUCCACCAAGGCAGACCAACACAAGUGAAAUAACCUAGUUCAUUUGUCUUCAUUUUUAAAAAGGAGUACAAUAAAUCCUCACUUCAAUGUUGUCAAUAGGUUCUUGGAAACUGAGACUCUAAGCAAAAUGAUGUAUAACGAAACCAAUUUUACCAUAGGCUAAUUGAUGUAAACAUCAGGGGUGUACAGUGCACCUUUAGCACUCAUUUCAACAGGGUUUAAUUAGGGUAUAAAUGUUUGCAGAGCAAAAAUUGUAAGGAGGACCUCCUACCACCACACAGUUCAAAGACAAAUGUGCAAACUCCACACUGACAAUGACCCUGGCCGGGAAUUAAUUUUUUUUAUAGUUAUAACAAAAUGACGUUAAGUGAGGAUUUACUACACUGUAUGUACUUUACAAAAUUAAUUUUCUGACAAAAUACACAAAUUUUAAAUAAUGACUGAAAUAAGGCCUGGUUUAGUAACUGAAAAUUCAAUGAGCAUUAAAAAGAAUAAAUAAAAAUAAUGUGCAGUGUAAGUAAGGGAAGCAUGCUGGAUUAAAAGCUUAUUAAAUACUGAUGCCAGACAUCCAGAAUAUAUGUAUGUACAUUUUGUUAUUUAUCGUUUUCAGUACCACAUGGAUUAUACCCAGAGCAGCAUUGUGAGGGAAAAAAAAAAUCACAUGCAGGUCAGAUGACUUGUCAAAAUUCAAUCCCUUAUUUACAGUUUAAUCAUAAAU